CCGGGGGGAGGCCAGGGCCGGUGCGUCAAGGGCAGCUGCACUGCAAGCAGGUUUUUUUCGCUGUGUCAGGCGCGUCUGGAGCUGGACAGCAAGCGCGGCUUCGGCGCGUCUGGGCCCGAGGCGGUGGGGGCGGCAAGGGCUGGGCCCGGCUCCCGAGCUCAGAAUCCACGCCUGGUGCUCGGCCUGGAACCGGCUCCCCCUCGGCCCGGUGGCUGCCCCUCCCUCACUCGGUUUUGCCUUCCCCUCGUGCUGGCUUCCCUCCCUACCAUGGCUACUGGUGAAGAGAUCCCCUCUGCCUUGCAGGACUCCUGGGGGGACUUCUGGCUUUUCCGCUUCUUUGUUAAUGCUGCUGGCUAUGCGAGUAUUGUGGUGCCGGGAUUCCUCCUCAUCCAGUACUUCAAGAGAAGGAAUUACCUGGAGACAGGCCGAGGCAUUUGCUUCCCUGUCAUCAAAUCAUGCGUGUUUGGCUCUGAGGUGAAGUCUGUACACCAGGAGGAUGGCUCCUUGCCACCCCGAGUGGAGCCCACAGAGUCUUCUACAGCCCGGCAGGUCUUCAAGCUGCUCUUCUGUACUGCUGGUCUACAGGCCUCCUACCUCACGUGGGGCGUCCUCCAGGAGCGUGUGAUGACAAGAACGUAUGGUGCCACCGAAACGGACCCUGGUGAGAAGUUCAAGGACUCCCAGUUCCUGGUGUUCAUGAACCGCAUCCUGGCCUUCACGGUGGCUGGUCUGUACUGUGCCUUGACUAAGCAGCCACGCCACGGGGCUCCUAUGUACAAAUACUCCUUUGCCUCUCUCUCCAACAUCCUCAGCAGCUGGUGCCAGUAUGAGGCACUCAAGUACAUCAGCUUCCCCACCCAAGUGCUGGCCAAGGCCUCCAAGGUGAUCCCAGUGAUGAUGAUGGGCAAACUGGUGUCUCAUAAGAGUUAUGAGUACUGGGAGUACCUGACUGCUGCCCUCAUCUCUGUGGGGGUCAGUAUGUUCCUUCUCUCCAACGGUCCCAACAAGCACAUGUCCACUGUCACCACUUUCUCAGGCAUAGUCCUUCUGGCCGGCUACAUAAUCUUUGACAGCUUCACCUCCAACUGGCAGGAUGCCCUUUUCACCUACAAGAUGUCUCCCGUGCAGAUGAUGUUUGGCGUCAACGUCUUCUCCUGCCUUUUCACGGUGGGCUCGCUCUUGGAGCAGGGUGCCUUGCUGGAGUCGGUACGCUUCAUGGCCCGCCACUCGGAAUUCACGGCCCAUGCCGUGCUGCUCUCCGUGUGCUCUGCCUGUGGCCAGCUCUUCAUCUUCUACACCAUCAACCAGUUUGGGGCGGCUGUCUUCACCAUCAUCAUGACACUCCGACAGGCCUUUGCCAUCCUUCUUUCCUGCCUCAUCUAUGGGCACGCUGUCACUGUUGUGGGUGGGCUGGGUGUAGCCGUUGUCUUCAUGGCCCUCUUCCUCCGUGUCUAUGCCCGCAGCCGUAUGAAGAAGCGCAGUAAGAAGCUCCCGCCAGGCGAGACCCCUGUACAAAAGGUCUAAGAAGCUGAUGCCAUGGCAUCUAAGCCAUGCCUACUGUCCUGUCUCCGCUCGGGGGCACUUGCUUGAUUUCUCAGAACCCGCUGAGGAGCAGGGUGGGGUAUAUGGAUAGGCUGGACCAGUGACACUUUGCCACCUGCUUUUCUUGGGGAAGGGGCUGGAACAAGCCCAGGGAGUACUCUGGGCUACCACAGCUCCAAACCUUUCCAUUUGCCUUAAUAGGUCAAAGACUUCCAGCCAAGGCAUGGGCCGGGGGGCUUGCAUCCUCAGGGAGGACCAGCGUGGGGCUGCUGGUACUCCUGCCCCACCUCUGGCUUGUGGCUUCUUUCUGAAGUCGCUGAUGAAUGAGGGAGCUCUUCUCCCUGGCUCCCUCUUGCCUCUGGCUAAUGCUCCUCCAUUUCUGUCACUGCUACAGAGCUCAGCAGGAGGAAAGGGCAAGCAAAACACUAGUUUUCUUUUUGAAACACCUCCAUGUGAGGCUCUCAGCACCCCUCCCAGGAGGUGCUCCAGGUAGGACAAGCGCAGCUACGGGAAGGACUCCCAACUUGUCCUACCCCAGGCCUGGAAUCUGCUCUGGGAGGACAUGCUACAGUGAAAGCCGGUACAUCCCAAUUUGGUUUUAGCUGUUUCUUGCCCCUGCUCCAAGAUUAUUUUCUUCGCUUCCCUCUGCCCAGGCUGAUUUUUAUGCAGAGAUGGAUUCUGGUCGGUACAGUUCCCAAGGCUUACUGAGUUGUUCUAGGUUGCUUUUUGGUUACAUCCGCUGCUGUCACAGGCCAAAGGCUGCGCUGCUCAGAAGCCCCAGCAUCACCUCGGGGUGUCUCAGUGCCACAGUUUCUGGGCUUUGUAGUUGCCAUUCAGAGAAGCACAAAUAACCCCUCUUCCUGCCAGCUGGACGCAUCAGCCCCGGCUUUCUCAGGCCGGUCAGAGCCCAACUGUGCCUGGAGGGCUGAGAGGUGGGCCAGAGCCCACGUGGGGUGCCUUGUUCCUGCUCCCCAGGCAGCAGGGGAUGGAGCAAGGAGGCACCUGCUCCUCAGGCAGCAGGGGAUGGGUUGGAACACUGGAAGCUGCUCUUCCCCAGGAACCUGGGUUUUACUGGUUAACCCUUUUCUCCUCAACACAACCUGACUGACAAGCCAGCAGGUUUUGGUACUUUUGAAAGGCAACAUUUUUCUCUUUUUAUUUUAUUAAAUUAAAAAUAUGCUGCAUAUAGUGCCA